AGCCAUGCUAGAGAUUGAAACCUGGAAUUUAUAGGAUGCUAGACAAGUGUCUGAACUAUACCCUCAGUCCUGAGAAUGAGCUUUUGAGCCUGAAACAUACUAAAGCCAGGCCACGUGGAAACUGCAGUCUUUCCAUUCCCUUUUUGGCACUUCGUUGCAUGAUAAAGUGUAUUCCACAAAGUGGCAAGACCAUGGGUGUGCUUUAUCCUCUUGCCUGUGGUUUGCACUCAAAACAGCCAGGAUUAUCUGCUUAUUCAGUGACCUAAACCAGAAGCUGUCACGUGAUUAGGGAAGCAUUAAGUACUUAUUUUGCAUAUGAGAAAAUGAGGUUCAGGUAGUAUAUGCUACCCCCAUUACAGGAUAUAGUGACCAACUCCUGGGGUAUGUGCUAUUGGUCACCUGUGUGGAGUCACAUGAUUCAUGGUCCAGGGUCUAGAUCAGUUCACUCUAAUGUUUUUCUGCUUCUGUCCUCACACGCAAUACAGCCUCAUCAGCUUUGCCAUGGCUUCUGCUGGUCUGCAAAUACUGGGGCUUGUCCUGACAUUGCUGGGCUGGAUGAAAGCUCUGGUAUCCUGCACCCUGCCAAUGUGGAAAGUGACUGCUUUUAUUGGCAACAGCAUUGUGGUGGCCCAGGUGGUGUGGGAAGGGCUAUGGAUGUCUUGUGUGGUGCAGAGCACUGGCCAGAUGCAGUGCAAGGUGUAUGACUCUCUACUGGCACUGCCCCAGGACCUGCAAGCUGCGAGAGCCCUCUAUGUCAUCUCCCUGCUUGUGGCCUUGCUUGGUCUGCUGAUCUACCUUGCGGGGGCCAAGUGUACCACCUGUGUAGAGGACAAGGAUUCUAAGGCCCGCCUGGUGCUUGCGUCUGGGAUCAUCUUUGUCAUCUCAGGGAUCCUGACUCUGAUCCCUGUCUGCUGGACAGCCCACACUAUCAUCCAGGACUUCUACAAUCCCUUAGUGGCUGAGGCCCAAAAGCGGGAGCUGGGAGCCUCCCUCUACCUGGGCUGGGCUGCUUCAGGCCUUUUGCUUCUGGGUGGGGGGUUGCUAUGCUACACCUGCCCCUCUGGAGGGUCUCGGGGCUCCAGCCAUUACAUUGCUCACUACACAGCAUCUGCCCCACAUCCCACUUCUCGGGGGCCCUCUGAGUAUCCCACCAAGAAUUAUGUUUGAUGCAGAUAGAGGCUGAGGGCUCCAUUGGUCUUGGCCCGAGCUGAGAUGGUAACACCUGAUAUCUUUGGGGUUGGUGCUUACCUUGCUUUUAUUUUUUGUUGUUUUUUUUUGGGGGGGGUCAUUUAAAUCCAUUUGAUAGUGGAACAAAGAAGACUCACAUUUUCACCUGGGCUCUGACAUUGGUAUUCUUUAUCUUUGAAUAGUGGAACCAAAGAAGCAAUUCUGAAUAUUUUUUCAUUCAUAGCAUAACCAUCUUGGAAGCCAAAUUGGAGCUAUGGAACCCAUGCGAAGGUUGUUGCUACUCUGGGCUUUAUAACCACAAGAUGGCCUUUAUACCAAGAGUUUUGGCCGCUACUGAGGGGUGGGGUCAGUCAGACCCAUUCCAGGAAGGGGCUGAUGAUUGAGUUACCAGAAAACUGCCCUCCCCAAGUCUUCUAACUUCUGACUCCUAUAUCCAGCCACCAUGUACCCUCCUGUGGUCAGGCCCUGGCUAUUCUGUAGACCCCCACGAGGAUCUCCAAUCAUGUACACUUCUGCCUAUGCUCUGCUCAUACAAUAAAAUUUCU